CGCAGAUAUAAGACGCUGACUUUUCCUUAUUAUGAUGCUAGAGCUCCUGGGUGUGAAUAUUUUUCUUUCGGGCUGUUUUGGUGUGAGUCAGUGGGUCUGAGUAAUGAUGGAGCGAGAGAAAGUGCUGGACCAAAUUGUCAAGACAAGAGACAAUCCCUUCGGAUGCAGUAGUAGGAGGAGGGAAAAAAGGAACAAAGUAAACAGCACUGAUGAGAAGGAAGGUACAGUGGGCGAUUAUAACUGGAAUGGAAACUCUUCAGAAUCUGACAGCAGCUAUGUAUAUUUUGAAAAUGAGCUGGAUCAACUUUUGGAUCAAGAGGAACAUGACAACCGUUGGAACGAGCAUUCGGAGAUUGUAGAUGCCAACAGGACGGAAGAUAACUGCCUUCCCAAAGUAACCGUCUUUUCCCAGACCAAUGAAAGAGUUUCCCCCCUUUCCUCAUUUAUAGAUUCAGAAUUUGAAGAUGAGCUGGAUCGACUACUGAACCAAGAGGAAGAUGAUGACAGUCAGACCAAACCUUCAGAGACUGUAGACAUGAAAGAGUCCUCAUCCAAUACGAUAAACGUGUCACAAACCAGAGUAAGGGGUUUCUCUUUUCAUCCCACUGAAGUUUCCAGGUCAAGUGAGGACGAACAAGAUGCCUAUUCUUUUGUGAAAGAUGCCAUAAAGACCGUCUCUAAAGCUGCUAUAAAGAAGGGGCGAAAAAAGGUCAGCCCUCAAUCCUCUCCCAGCUUGGCAUCAACCCCUGCCAAAUGUAGAAGGAAUGCUGAUCCAGCAUUACCUCUUACCAGUGGGUCAGAGAGAAGGUGGAGGACAGAGGAUGAACCAGACCUGCAGCCUAAACUGUUCCCCUUCAAACCAGCCAGGAAUCCAGGGCCCCAGCUAGAUGCUCAAAAAAAUUACACCCCUUUGGAGGUCUUCCAGCUCUUCUUCAGUAAGGAUGUUGUUGAUACUCUCUGCUUGAACACAAACAAGAAUGCUCAGAGAAGGCAGAAACAGCGAUUCAAGGAACCAUGGAGAACUAUAUCCGUAGAAGAAAUGUACAAAUAUCUCAGCAUUAUAAUCUAUAUGGGUCUUCUGAAUGUGCACAAUGUAUCAGACUACUGGGUUGAAAAUAGGUUGUAUGGGAUUCCUUUCUGCCGUUCAGUCAUGACCAUGUCAAGAUUUCGAGCAAUCACCUAUUCACUGCACAUGAGUGACCCAGCUGAGGAUGAGGAAAAUGACAAGAAGAAGGGAACCGCAGGAUAUGAUCAACUAAUGAGAAUCAAACCUCUUAAAGACCAGAUAUUGGAGGCAUGCAGGACCUUAUACCAUCCAUUCCAGAACCUUUCCAUUGAUGAACUCAUGGUGCGCUCAAAGUCUCGUAAUUGUCUGAAAAAAUCCUUUGAAUCCGAGCAUGAAAGGUAUGGAUUCAAGGUAUAUGUAUUAGCAGAUUCAAGAAAUGGCUACACGUGGGACUUCAAUAUAUUCGUAGGAAAGAACCCAUCUGCUUCAGGAAAAGGGGAUUCCUAUGAUGCUGUCAUGAACCUGCUAAAUGUCCCUUGCUUAGGCACAGGGUACCACAUUUACCUUAAUAAAGAUUUUACCAGUGCAACACUCCUCCGUGACUUAUACCGGAAACAUUUGGGGGCAUGUGGAACCAUACGCGAACAAUACAUGGGCCUCUCUGGUGUGCAAGAGAACAGCAUGGCUCCAACAACAAAGAGAGGGACUAUCAACUGGCUUCGUGAUGGGGAGCUGCUCUUUACUAAGUGGAUGGAUGCACGGCCAGUCACCAUGUGUAGCACCAUCCAUAAAGCCUUUGCAGAAGAGCAGGUGCAACGACGGAAGCAGUUAGAGGAUGGCACCUGGUUGACCCAGUCUCUGCCUGCCCCAGAGCAGGUCAAGCCAUACAACCUGUAUGUUGGGGGUGUGGAUCUGUGUGGUUCCCUGAUAAAAUGCUACAGUGUGGCUCAGAAAACCAUGAAGUGGUACAAGACAUUCUUCUUUCACUUUGUUGAUGUUGCUGUGGUGAACAGCUGGCUCAUGCACAAGGACUUGGCUGUGACUUCAAGUAAAAAGCCCAUGGCCCAGAAACAGUUUAGGGAGAAGCUGUGUUCGCAGCUUGCUGGUAUUACACCGAGUGGCAGUGUUCAGGAGAAGAGAUGGGAGGGGCAUGACGAAGAGCUGAGCAAACAGCAAGUGGAACAACAGUAUGAGCAGCUAAUGGAACAGCAGUAUGAAAAGCAGGGCAAAUGGUGGGUAGAACAACACUACAAAUUUGAACAGCAGUGCAAACAACAGAAUGAAAUAAAGACAGAUCAGCAGUUUGAAGAAGAGAGGGAAGAGGAAGAGAGGGAAGAGGAAGAGCUGGAAUUUGGUUCAAUGUGCUGUCCUGUGCCGACACAUGAUCCCACCAUCGUUGAGUCAUGGAAGAAAGCUAGUGUGGGCAGGAAGAAUUGUCGUUUCUGCAAGCAAAAGACAGUUUGGCAAUGCGAGUCCUGCAGAGUGGCACUCUGCAUAAUACCAGAGAGGAACUGCUUCAGAUUAUGGCAUAUAAAUAAAGAUAAGAAGGAACAUGAUUCAGGAGAAUAGUUAAUCUGUUCCAUGGAUUUGGCCUACAGGUUUUCUGGUGGUAUAUGUUUGGAGAUAUUGCACCUAUAUUGACAAUUUGUGUACCACUUAUUUGCUUUUAUUUUGUUUUGGGAACAUGUAUUACUAAACAAAGGCAAAAGCUCCACAUAGUAAACUAUCUCACAUAUCAGUAUUUGCUUAACAAAAAACGAAUAUUUUGGCAGUUUAGAAAAUGUCUAACUUUUUCCACACAUCACAGCUUACCCGCAUUGAUCAGUUAAAUGACCAAAAAAGAUAUUUGUAACAUUUUGUUGUUUCCAUUUUCUAUUAUUUCUUUUCAAUAAACUAUUUUUUUUUUA